GUUUGGUGCCAUCUAGUGGUACAGCUGAUGUCAUUUCCAGUGUGUCACUUCCUUAUAAAAGACAGAUUGAAACUUCACUGAAUGUUCACAUGAUCUCGAGCUUCAGCUGCUUCAUCAAGAGAAACAACAGCACUUAUAUCAUCUGAUGUUUUUUAAUGUCCAUCAGCAUGUGGUUUCUCAUUGUAUUUUUAAUCAGUAUGGAAGAUCUGGUGACCGGUGGAUGGGACGAGUUAAAGACAGUGAUGGAGAGAGAGGCUCUGACUUUGUAAACAGGAAUAUCUGAACUCAGAGGAGAUGAUGAGACCAUGUGGCUCUUUACAGUCGACAGCCAAACCACCCGAAUAGCACAGAUGUACCGUAGUAAAGUAUGGCUUCAUAAGAGACUGUCUGACCGACUGCAGCUUGACCAGCAGACAGGAUCACUGACCAUCAGGAACAUCAGCGUCAGUGAAUCUGGACUUUAUACGCUCGCUCUCACCAUCAAUGAUUUAAUCUCUAGGAAAACAUUCAGAGUCGAUGUAUAUGCACCGGUUUCUGUUCCUGUCAUUAGUGGUGGCUUAUUGGUCAAUGCAAACCAUGUUAAUGAAUUUCCGAAUAGAGAUUUCUGCUCUGUGUUCUGCUCGGUGAAGAAUGAUCGAGACGUGUCUAUCUCGUGGUAUAAAGGGAGUGAAAUAGUGAAUCAGAACAGCAAUCCUGAUCUCAGCAUCAACCUCAGUUUAUCAUUAGAUCUUCAUUAUAAUGAUUCAGAGACCUACAGAUGCACGGCUGUGAAUCCAGUGAGCAAUAAGAGCGUCCGUCUUCACAAGAAAGAGAUCUGCUCACCACAGGAAGCACCGGUUUCUGUGCCGGUCAUCACUGGUGGCUCAUUGGUCAGUGCAAACCAUUCUGAAGAUUGUGUGGAUCACUGUGGCGUCACUGAGGCUCUGGUUCGUCUGGUUCUGUCUGGUCUGGUGGGAAUCACCGCUCUUGGAUUUCUUAUUGAACAUCUGAUGUUCUGCUCAUCUCAGAGAAGAGCUGCUGCUUCUGUGUGAUGGUGAUACUUUUGUGAGACCAACCAACAUGUCAUACAGAUGACAUAUGGGGCUUUAGUUAUGAGUCAAGUCACCUUUAUUUCUAUAACGCUUUAUACUGUACUGGUUGUGUCAAUACUUUAGCUUUAAUAACAAAAGUCAUUUUUCAAGUCUCACAUUACUGUAUAUCAGAGUUAUCCUUGCAUUCAUAUUCUUUACAAAAUAACUCAGUUCAAUGAAAUUAAAACCUUUAAAAUGGAAAGCAGUGCCAGUGAAGCAGGAAGUGGUCUAGUGGUUUGUGUUCUCCAGUGGCACGCAAUGGUAAAACAGAACAAUACUAACAAUUAAAUGCCAUAGAAAUGUGUAUGUUUAAGCCUUUUACCAGUAAAGAUUUGAUAUUUUUGCAAAAAUUGUAACAUUUGUACCUCAGUAAAACAAAAGUUUAUCACACCUGCUGCAACCUUCAUAGUAAAAUCAUUUGAAGAUCUAGUCCAUUUAUCAAGUUAAUCAUCCAACAAAAAAAAGAGAAAACAUUUUUUU